AGCCUCGGGCUCAAGCUGGCGGCCCCGUGGGCCCGCGGCAGCUGCCUUCGCGCCCUCAUCUGGCGACGCGGGUCCUCGCCCGCACCGUCUGCAGGGCCGCGCAGCUUCCGAGCCGGUGCCGGUGGCUCCACACAUCUUCUCCAGCCAUGACCAUUGGCAUUGAGAUCAUCAGGGAAAGCCCCGACAAGGUGAAGCAGUCCGAAGCCCGCCGCUUCCGCGGUCCAGAGACCGUUGACAAGGUGAUCGCAAUUGACGAGGAGUGGAGAAAGGCGCAGUACAACACGGAGCAGAAGCGCAAGGAGGUCGGCCAGGUCCAGGCCGUGAUCACCCAGAGAAAGAAGGACUCGAAGGGUUCGGACAAGUGCGAGGACAAGCUGGAGGAGAAGAUGACGCUGGAGGCCGAGGUCUUGAAGCUCGAGAAGGUGUCCGACGAGCUCCUCGAAAAGCGGGACGCGGAGAUUAAGAAGAUCGGCAACCUCGUGGGCGACGAGGUGCCCGUGUCCCAGGACGAGGAGAAGGACAACAAGGUCACCGCCAAGUGGGGCGAGCCGCGGGACUUCGGUGAGUUCAAGUAUCAGACAAACGGGUUCCGGCCGCACUUUGAGUUGCUGGAGAUGAUUGGUGCCGUGGAGUUCGCUGCGGGCAACGAUGUUGCCGGAAACCGCGGCUACUUCCUCACUGGCCCGGGGGUGUUGUUGAACCAGGCGCUGAUCAACUACGGCAUCGCGUUCCUGCAUAAGCGGGGCUACACCCCCGUCCAGCCGCCAUUCUUCAUGAAGAAGGACCUCAUGGCAAAGACCGCCGAGCUCGACGACUACGACGACGUGCUGUACAAGGUUGUCGAGGACAAGGACAAGCCUGAGCUGGACAAGUACCUCAUCGCGACGUCGGAGCAGCCCAUCUCUGCUUUCCACAGGGCGCAGAGCUUGGACAAGGCCAAGUUUCCGAUCCGCUAUGUGGGCAUCUCCUCCUGCUUCCGGCGGGAGGCCGGCAGCAGCGGCCGCGACAUCCGCGGCAUCUUCCGGGUGCACCAGUUCGAGAAGAUUGAGCAGUUCGUGCUCACGGAGCCGGAGAAGUCCUGGGACGAACACAAAGACAUGAUCAAGGCUUCCGAGGAGUUUUACCAGAGCCUUGAGAUCCCCUAUCAUGUAGUUGCCAUCGUGUCCGGUGAGCUCAACAACGCCGCUGCCAUGAAGUACGACCUUGAGGGCUGGUUCCCCUGCGACAACGAGGGCAAGGGCAAGUACCGCGAGCUGGUGUCCUGCUCGAACUGCACCGACUACCAGGCGCGCGCCAUGGGGACCAAGUACGGCGUCAACAAGGGCGACCCGUUCUGCCACAUGCUCAACAGCACGCUGUGCGCCACGGAGCGCGCCAUGUGCUGCCUCGUCGAGAACUACCAGACUCCGGAGGGCGUGAAAGUGCCGGCCGCACUGCAGCCGUUCACGCUCGGCAUCGAUUUCUUCCCUUUCGUGAAGACCGUCAAGGAAGAGAAGCCGGCGAAGAAGAAGUAGCUGUUUCGGUACGGGCGCUAAUGCUCGCUUAUCAAUCGUCUGCCGGUUCCAUUUUAUAAGCCCUCCCUCCCUCCUCGUCUGCUCGCUCCCCUUCUCCACCCCUCCCCCACUUGUUCCUGGACUGGGCUCGAUGCCGCGCCCAUCGCCAGGGGGAGGCCUCGGUGUCGCUGACCUUCAGGGAACCAAAUUUUUGAUGCUAUAGUAGGUUUGCCUUUGCGUGUGGUUACAGUGCCAUGUGCAAGCCGCGCCGCGUGGUAAAAAGACCGCCGCGAGUCCCCCCAGGCACUCAUCACUGCCCUGGCCUCCCCCCGAUCCGAGGCCGAGGUCGACCGGAGCCGCCUCUCGAGUCUUUGGCGCGCGAUCCUGUGCAGGGUGCGCCCGAACGGCCUAGCAGCAUGGAACGUCCCGUGACCACGGGGCCCGUGCUGGCGCGCAGUGUGGAGCGCGGCCGCAUG